UAUUUUUUUAGCCAUAAUCCUACGUGUACUGCCACGCCAUCAAUAUCAGAUCCCCAACAUCUCAGAACGGGUAAGUGAAGCACAGGGAACCAAGGAUAGGGAAUUCAUUUUUCCAAAUGGCCGCUUUAUCAAUUCCACUCUCUCAGAAUGGUUUCUCUCGCAGCUUCUACUCUGCAAAACGCCCACAGCUUAUAUCCCCACUUGCCCCUUCCCUCGCCCCUAUCACUUGCCGUGCCGCUGUGGAUGGGGCUGAACCAAAAGAGAGCUUGUCACCUUGCAAGCACAUUGGUACCGUAGCUUGUGGUCUUCUUGCUGUUUGGACUUUGACAAAUACCACUCCUGUGAUUGCAGCUACUCAGAGGCUUCCUCCACUGUCGACAGAACCCAACCGAUGUGAGCGUGCUUUUGUUGGCAACACUAUAGGUCAAGCAAAUGGUGUGUAUGAUAAGCCAAUUGAUCUUCGUUUCUGCGACUACACAAAUGAUAAAAGCCAGUUAAAAGGGAAAUCUCUUGCUGCUGCCUUGAUGUCAGAAGCAAAGUUUGAUGGUGCAGACCUCUCUGAAGUGGUGAUGUCAAAAGCAUAUGCUGUUGGAGCCAGCUUCAAGGGUGUCGAUUUCUCGAACGCAGUUCUAGAUAGGGUAAAUUUUGGGAAAGCCAAUCUCCAAGGAGCUUUGUUCAAGAACACUGUACUUUCAGGGUCCACAUUUGAUGAUGCUCAAUUACAAGAUGCAGUUUUUGAGGACACAAUCAUAGGCUACAUUGAUCUUCAGAAACUGUGUGUAAAUCCAACUAUUAGUCCUGAAGGAAGAGCUGAAUUGGGAUGUCGAUGAUUUCAAUAUAGUCUGUGUAUGUAUUGUAUUGUAUUGUCUAGACAACUUAAUGAUUUUGGUAAGUAAUACAUAUUCAAAGAGACAACUCCCUCUAACUUCUGUUGAAGAACAA